AUGUCCAAAGAGGACAACACCGCCACGGCUGCCGCCGCCGCAGGCCCAGCCGAGCAGAUGGAUCGCAUGCUUGAUUCAAUGACCCAGAAGAAGGAGGGAAACGAAUCCCAAUUCCAAAAGCUUGGGGAUGUGGUCGAGGGCGAAGAUGACAAUGGUGUUGUUGAGGUUGAAAGUCUUUGCAUGAACUGCCACGAAAACGGUACUACUCGACUUUUGCUUCUCCGUGUCGCAUUUUUCCACGAUAUCAUCUUGGAGUCUUUCGAAUGUCCGCAUUGCUAUUUCAAAGACAAUUCCGUGAAGUCGGCGUCUCAAAUUCAAGUCUUCGGCACCAAAUAUACGCUGGUGGUGGAAAAUGAGGAGGAUCUUCAGCGACAGGUUAUCAAGAGCGACACUGCUAUCUUCAAGCUAGAGACGCUCGAGAUUGAAAUGCCAAAGGGAGAAAGCCAGCUUACCAAUGUGGAAGGCGUGCUUCAAAAGAUCCACUCUACCCUAGAGAGCGAGCAGGACUUAAGAAAAACACAAGCGCCAGAACUCUAUAACGCCCUGGAGGUUAUUAUUGGCAAGAUCGCCCUGAUGCUAAAGCGAGAGGCUUUCCCAUUCACCAUUUCGCUCGAUGAUAUGACAGGCAAUUCAUACAUUGCCCCUACCGCACACGACACUGGCAACAAGUACAAGCGUCGGGAUUACCCCCGAUCUCAUGAACAAAACGAGGAGCUUGGCAUUGCAGCAGACCCAGAUGCACAGAAGACCGAAGCCCAGAACAUGGUUCAGAGUGCCGGUAAUCCCGAAGAUCUCGAUAUUAUCGAUGGACAAGUCUAUACUCUCCCUGCGGAGUGCCCUGGAUGCGCGAAAUCAUGCGUUGUGAACAUGCAGAAAGUCAGCAUUCCUUAUUUCAAGGAAGUCUUCAUCUGGGCCACCAUUUGUGACCAUUGCGGAUACAAAACAAACGAAGUCAAAACUGGCGGUGAAGUGCCAGAAAAGGGCAAACGGCUGGUUCUCAAAGUGGAAUCCACCGAGGACCUAUCACGAGAUAUUCUAAAGUCGGAUACAUGUGCGUUGUAUAGCCACGAACUGGAGAUGUCUGUGCAACCUGGGACACUCGGUGGUCGAUUCACCACUGUCGAGGGUCUUUUGACCGAGGUUCGCGAUCAGUUGCAUGGCCAGAUCUUUGAUGUAGGAGACACUGGCGCCGGAGAUUCGCUCUCAUCCUCGGAUAAAGAGACAUGGACGCGUUUCUUCGACCGAUUGGACUCUGCAAUCAAGGGCGAAUUCAAAUUUGUUAUUACACUCGAGGACCCUCUGGCCAACAGUUAUGUGCAGAACUUGCAUCUGCCGGACCCCGAUCCUCAGCUCCACGAGGAGGAAUACACACGUACCGAAGAGGAAGAGGAGGAUCUUGGCUUGAGGGACAUGAAGACUGAGGGGUAUGAGAAAGACGAUGAGAAUGCCGAAAAGGAGGAAGCCACGGAAUAA